UUAUCAUAUAUUUCGGUCCUAGAGAAAAUUACUCGGAUAGCCAUUAUCGUAAACACCCCAUAUCUCCCUUGCUUUGGGUCGGAGAUCCAUCUGGGGAAAUCAAGACUCUCUGUAUAGGGACUCUAGUGUAAACUAGGUCUAUAUGUAUCGUAAUCUGUCAAGUCGUCAGUUUAAACGAUUAAUAUAUCGCUUCGCGGAGACGAACGACGCUUAUUUCUUCCAGAUUCUUUCGUUUCAUGCAAAAACGCGUCGAUUGUAAUUUCAUCGAAAUCGGAGUAGAAGCAAACAUUUACCUAACCUGCAAAUAUGGAGAAGAAACAUAUUGUAUUAAAACUGACUUAUAUAACAAAUACAUUAUUUGAAAGAGAAACUACAGAACAUCAAUUAACAUCAGCUAUUUUAGCAACAAAAGUACUUCCAUUUAAACCUUUACCUGGAUUUGAUUCUAAUAUUGAUAAUCCGCACUAUUAUCGUGCUCAACAAGAAAUUGAUUGUGAUGAAGUAUAUGCUGGAAUAUAUAUCGGUGAUGGUGUUACAGCAAAAAACAAGAGAUAUCUUGAAACGUUAGGUAUAACACAUUUAUUGAAUGCUGCUGAAGGAAAAAGAUUUGGAUUUGUAAAUACAACUAAUAGUUACUACGCAGAUACAGCAAUAAAAUAUUUUGGCUUGCCAAUUCAAGAUUUACCUAUUGAAGACAUUAGUAAACAUUUUUAUACAGCAGCAAAUUUUAUUGAUGAGGCAGUAUCUACAAAAGGUAAAAUAUUCGUGCACUGCAUGCAAGGUGUAUCUCGCAGUGCUACAUGUGUUCUCGCAUAUUUGAUGAUAAAGAAAAAUAUGUCAGCAGUUGACGCUAUACACUUAAUUCGUACAAAUCGAGAUGUUCACCCAAAUAGAGGUUUUCUUUGUCAGUUAGCACAAUUGGAUAAUAAAUUAUAUAGACAGCGUUUGCAACAUAGUUUGACAUUUCCAAAAUAUUAGUGAAAUAAUUUUAUUAUAAAAUAUUUCUUAUAAUAAAUGAGAAUUAAAUAACGUGUGUAGUACAAUAAAUAAUAUGUGCACAUAUGUGUGUGAAUACCGUUAUAUCAAUUAUGAUUGAUGAAAAUUGAUUGAAAGUCAAUAAUGUAAAAAAUUUGUAAGGAUUAAAUAAACCUACUAAACAAAAUUUCGUUUUAGUAACAUUGCAAUAACGUAACAUUUAAACUAUGUGACCUUUUCCGUAUCAUUUCAGAGACAUUUAUGUACUCUCGUCACAACCAGAAAUGUCCUCACGCAUUUACUCUUUAUAUGUAACGUUUGUGAAAUGUUUGUAAAAUAUAUAUAAAAGGUCAGUGAAAAAUUCAUUUGCAACAUUUGUGAAACGUUUGAUAAACUUAUAUAAACUGUUAUUAUAAAGUUCGUGCACAACGUUCCACACGUAACGUUUUUUAAACUUUGCUAAACAUACACUGAAAAAAAAA